AUGGGGCAGGGAAGGAGUACUCCUCUCUCCCUCACCCUAGCACAUUGGAAGGACAUUCGGAGCCGAGGCUUCGACCUCUCAGUCAACGUCAAAAAGGGCCCAUGGGGAACUUUUUGCUCGUCCGAGUGGCCCACCUUUGGUGUCGGGUGGCCAUCGGACGGAACCUUUAACCUCUCCAUUAUAUUUGCAGUAAAAAAGAAGGUCUUCCAGCCGAAGGGCCACCCGGAUCAACAGCCCUACAUCAUUGUCUGGCAAGACCUCGUCCAGAACCCCCCUCCAUGGGUCAAGCCCUGGGUGUCCCGUCCAUCUCUUACCCUUGUUGCUCAGGCGGCGCCUGUAGACCCGACCAAGCGCCCCCUGAGUGAUCCUCAGGCUGACCUUCUCCUCUUUGAUUCUCCUCCACCCUAUCCUCCUCCCUUACAGGCCAAUCCGCUGCAACCAGGGUCCGUUGAGCCAUCGGCCCCUCCAAUGGAGGGGCCAGCUCAAGGCACCCAGAGCAGGAGGGGGCUUCCCCCGUCUCCAGACUCCACUGUUGCUUGUCCUCUUCGCCCUGUGCCGGUCCCCCACCCCGUCCCGGGGAGUGACGAUGACACAGCCCCCCUCCAACUUCUCCAAUAUUGGCCCUUCUCCUCAGCUGAUCUUUAUAAUUGGAAGACCAAUCACCCCCCUUUCUCUGAAGACCCCCAGCGUCUGACUGGGCUGGUCGAGUCCCUGAUGUUCUCUCACCAGCCCACUUGGGAUGACUGUCAGCAAUUGCUCCAGACUCUCUUUACUACUGAAGAGAGGGAGCGGAUCCUCCUGGAGGCGCGCAAAAACGUCCCCGGGCCCGAUGGACGCCCGACCCAGCUUCCGCACCUGAUGGAUGCCGCUUUCCCUUUGACCCGAACAAAUUGGGACUUCAACAUGGCAGAAGGUAGGGAGCAACUGACAGUCUACCGCCAGACUCUAGUGGCAGGCCUCAGAGGGGCAGCACAACGCCCCACCAAUUUGGCUAAGGUAAGAGAAAUCCUUCAAGGGCCAACUGAACCCCCUUCUGUCUUCCUCGAGCGAUUGAUGGAAGCAUUCAGGCGGUACACCCCUUUUGAUCCCACUUCAGAGGGACAAAGGGCCUCAGUGGCUAUGGCCUUCAUAGGCCAAUCAGCCCUAGACAUUAAAAAGAAACUCCAGAGGUUGGAGGGAUUACAGGAUUUCACCCUUCAGGAUUUAGUUAAAGAAGCAGAGAAAGUAUACCACAAAAGGGAGACAGAGGAGGAGAAAGAGCAAAGAAAAGAAAGGGAAAGGGAGGCAAGAGAAGAUAAAAGAGAAAAAAGACAGGAGAAGAGGCUAACACGUAUCCUGGCCGCAGCUGUAGGUGAGAAUAGACCGCAGCAAAAAGGGAAGGGUAAAAAGACAGACAACCCGGGCAACAAGCCACCGUUAGGGCCAAACCAAUGUGCCUAUUGUAAAGAAGACGGACAUUGGAAAAAGGACUGUCCCAAAUUACAAAAUAAAGUGCUGGCCCUCCAUGAAGAUAGUGAAUGAAGCAGUCGGGACUCGGACCCCCUCCCCGAGCCCAGGGUAACUCUUCAAGUGGAGGGGGAGCCUGUCAGCUUUCUAGUUGACACAGGGGCUCAGUUCUCGGUCCUGAAAAAGCCGUUAGGACCGAUCUCCAAAAAGACCUCUUGGGUAAUAGGAGCCACAGGCCAUGAGCAGUACCCAUGGACCACCACUCGGACUGUGGACCUAGGGACAGGAAAGGUAACUCAUUCUUUCUUAAUAAUACCUGAGUGUCCUGCUCCCCUCCUGGGAAGAGAUUUAUUGACUAAAAUGGGAGCCCAGAUCACCUUCACUCCUGGAGGGGCAACUCUCACCCAACAUAGGGGGCAAACCACCCUCCUAACCCUCCAAUUGGAAGAUGAACACCGGCUGUUCAAAGCCAGUGCUAAAGGGAAAAGGGGAAUAGAUGACAAGUGGCUGCGACUGUACCCUGAAGCCUGGGCUGAGACUGCGGGAAUGGGCCUGGCCAUUGGACAACCCCCUGUAGUAGUAGAACUUAAGUCCUCAGCAACCCCAGUUGCUGUACGGCAGUACCCCAUGGCAAGGGAGGCCUGGGAAGGGAUUAAGCCUCAUAUUCACCGCCUUCUACAACUGGGGGUCCUGGUCAAAUGCCACUCUCCUUGGAAUACCCCGCUCCUCCCUGUCAGGAAGCCGGGUACAAAUGAUUACCGACCCGUACAAGAUCUUAGAGAAGUUAACAAAAGGGUCCAGGACAUCCACCCUACGGUUCCCAACCCUUACAACCUACUAAGCUCUAUUCCUCCAUCCCAUGUUUGGUACUCGGUCUUGGACUUAAAAGAUGCCUUUUUCUGCUUACGAUUGCACCCAGCCAGCCAAAAACUCUUUGCUUUCGAGUGGAGAGACCCAGACUCGGGGACCACGGGACAACUGACCUGGACCCGGCUCCCCCAGGGGUUCAAAAACUCCCCCACUAUCUUCGAUGAGGCCCUCCAUCAAGAUCUAGCUGCCUUCCGGACUGAGCACCCACAGAUUACUCUCCUCCAGUAUGUGGACGAUCUCCUCCUUGCCGGAGCUACGGAAGGAGACUGCAGAACAGGUACCCGGGACCUACUUGUAGAGCUCUCCCGCCUAGGGUAUCGGGCGUCAGCCAAAAAGGCACAACUAUGUCAGCAGAAAGUGACAUACUUGGGAUAUGCUCUUGAAGGGGGGCAGAGGUGGCUCACUGAAGCCCGCAAGAACACGGUCACCCAGAUUCCGAGACCCCGCUCCCCUCGUCAAGUACGAGAGUUCCUGGGGACCGCUGGUUUCUGCCGUCUGUGGAUUCCCGGUUUUGCAACGUUAGCGGAACCUCUAUACCCACUAACAAAACAGGGAAACUCUUUUGAGUGGGGAGAGACUCAGCAAAAGGCAUUUGAUGACAUUAAAAGAGCCCUCCUCUCCGCUCCAGCCUUGGCCUUACCGGAUGUGUCCAAGCCCUUCACCCUCUUUGUGGACGAAAGAAAGGGGGUUGCUCGGGGGGUCUUGACCCAAACCCUGGGGCCUUGGAGGAGACCGGUAGCCUACCUAUCCAAAAGAUUGGACACGGUAGCUAGAGGAUGGCCGGCUUGCUUGAGGGCUAUAGCAGCCACCGCCCUACUCAUAAAGGAUGCAGACAAGCUUACCUUGGGACAAAAACUAACGGUGAUAGCCCCACACACACUGGAAAGCAUCAUCCGGCAGCCCCCUGAGCGGUGGAUGUCAAACGCCCGAGUGACCCAUUACCAGAGCCUUUUGCUAAAUGGUGAUCGAGUCUUCUUCGGGACACCGGUGACUCUGAAUCCGGCAACCCUGCUGCCAGAGGUGGACCCAGAGGGCAGGGAGAUCCUUCACUCCUGCCAUGACAUCCUGGCGGAAGAAACAGGACCAAGGAGAGACCUCCGGGAUGCGCCACUGCCUGACCCACACUACACCUGGUUCACCGAUGGGAGUAGUUACAUCCACGAAGGUAAAAGGGUCGCGGGGGCGGCGGUAGUUAGCAAGGACCGAGUUAUAUGGGCUAGUAGUCUGCCUGAAGGAACUUCCGCUCAGAGAGCUGAACUGAUCGCUCUGACGCAGGCCCUCAGAUUAGCAGAAGGCAAAAAGGCUAAUAUCUACACGGACAGCCGCUAUGCUUUUGCUACAGCCCAUGUUCAUGGGGCUAUCUACCGCCAGAGGGGUCUGCUUACUUCUGCCGGAAAGGAAAUUAAAAAUAAGCAGGAGAUCUUACAUCUCCUCGAGGCUGUUCACGCUCCCCAGGAAGUAGCCAUUAUCCAUUGCCCUGGUCACCAGAAGGGAACCUCCGAGAUAGCCCAGGGUAACAGAAAAGCAGACUUGGAGGCGAAGCAGGCCGCCCUGAAAUCGGGAACCCUGGUUCUCGCUGCCAGCCCCUCGGUAGCCCCGCCGGAACCCCUCCACUACUCCUCAGAGGAAGAGGAGAGCCUAUCAAAAAGGCCUGAGAGGUACUCCAAGGACAAACAAGGAAUCUGGAAAACCACAGAGGGAAAAACUGUCAUGCCCAAAGAAGCAGCUAAAGCAUACCUAAAACAGUUACAUCGCCUUACUCAUUUGGGAGCGAAACACCUACGCUCCACCUGCCAGGCAACAGGAUAUCAUAUUAGAGGGCUCAACCAUCUGUCAGAGGAGAUAGCCCAUCAGUGCAGAGCAUGCCAGCUGGUAAAUUCUCACCCGUCCCAGGUCAGUCCCGGGCAACGGCUCAGGGGCAAUCGCCCCGGGAGUAAUUGGGAAGUAGACUUUACGGAAGUAAAGCCGGCCCGGUACGGAUAUAAAUACCUCUUAGUUUUCAUAGACACCUUUUCAGGAUGGGUAGAAGCUUUCCCUACCAAAAAAGAAACGGCAACUGUGGUAGCCAAGAAGAUCUUGGAAGACAUCUUUCCUCGGUUCGGAGUUCCAAAGGUAAUAGGAUCUGAUAACGGUCCAGCCUUUGUUGCCCAGGUGAGUCAGGGGAUGGCCAGGAUACUAGGGGCGGAUUGGAAAUUACAUUGUGCUUACAGGCCCCAAAGUUCAGGUCAGGUAGAAAGGAUGAAUAGAACAUUAAAAGAGGCUAUGACUAAAUUAUCCUUAGAGACUGGUGUGGCAGACUGGACAGUCCUCCUUCCCUUUGCCCUCUUCUGCGUUCAGAACACCCCCGGCCCUCCAGGGGUAACUCCGUUUGAGAUUUUGUUUGGGGCCCCUCCACCCCUCAUGGCCGAUCCGUGGUCUAUGCCAACAAAUACUCACACCCCUCAAUCCCUACUUGCUAGGUUAAAGGCUCUUGAGACUGUUCACAGGGAGGUCUGGACCCCCUUGGCCUCUCUCUACCAGCCCGGAGAACUGCAGGUGCCGCAUCCGUUCCAAGUUGGAGAUUUCGUCUACAUCAGACGGCACCGAGCUGCCAAUCUCGAGCCAAGGUGGAAGGGACCCCACCUAGUGCUACUAACAACUCCGACAGCCAUCAAGGUAGACGGCAUUGCAGCCUGGAUCCACGCCUCUCACGCCAAACGAGCAGCUCCCCUGGACAACAAUGGUGAAUGGACUGUGGAAAAAACAGACAACCCCCUCAAGCUUCGGAUUCACCAUCGUCUUCCUCGUGAUGAACUUGCCGCUGAUAAGUAG